AUGGCGUCCGCGGACGUGGACAGCAGUCAGAGCGAGUUUCUACAGGCCGCUGGCGCCGCGGACACGCAGACCACAGACAUGUCCGCGCUGCAGCUGACGAGCACCGACAGGUGGGAGGUGCUGACUCCUGUGUCCUCCGGGAAAGAAGACCAGGGGCUCGUCCACAUUCCAAACUCCGGGAUUGUCACGUCAAACGGCCAAUAUGUGCUUCCCAUUGGAAGUCUUCCCAACCAGCCCAUCUAUGUCACCGCGUCUGGGACUGAGGCCACAGCGAAUGGGGUGUCAGGAAUCCAGUAUCAGGUCAUCCCACAAAUCCAAAAUGCAGAUGGAACACUUGCUACAUUCUCAACCCAAGGACUGUCUGAUGGCACAGGGCAGAUCCAGCUCCUUCAGGACGGCAGCCAGGGCACCAUCAGCAUCAGCGGGGCCACCACCUCCACCACAGACCUCCUGACUCAGGCGGGACAGGUGCAGUCCAUCCAAGGAGUCUCUCUGACAGGGGCGUCUGCUUACGGUGGCUCUAUGGGGUUGCCCAGCAACAUCACUUUUGUCCCAAUCAACAGUGUGGACCUGGAGUCGUUGGGCAUCACUGGGGCUCAGACGGUACCCAUAGCCACUGGGGUAACCCCUGAGGGUCAGCUCAUCAUGAGUGGGCAGACACUAGAGACUGGACACGACAAACAGAGCAAUGACAACAGCAAUGACCCCUCCAUCUACGUGCCAACCUCCACCGCCUCCUCGCUGCCUGAGACCAUCGAUGGCACUGGGGUCCUCACACAGGCCACAGCAGUGUCUGCUGGAGUCUCAGACCCUUCCACCACAGGGAACUACAACUCUCAUAACCAGCUGCAGCAGAUCCAGGUGCAGUCUUCCAGUGCCAAUACUCUGUCCCAGCCCAUCCUGCAGCUGUCAGAUGGGACGUCUCAGGGACAGGAACUGGCUGAUGCUGGACAGAACCUCCAGGGAGUGCAGCUGGUCAACCCUGGGACCUUCCUGAUCCAGGCACAGACUGUCACAGCCACAGGUCAGAUCCAGUGGCAGACUUUCCAGGUGCAGGGCGUCCAGUCUCUGCAGGGUCUGCAGCUGCCUCAGGGCCAGGCUCAGCAGCUCACUCUAGCCCCGGUACAGACGUUGCCUCUGGGACAGGGCGGUCAAGUCAGCCUCCCCAACCUCCAGACUGUCACGGUCAACUCUGCGGGACAGGCAGGAGUGCUCUACUCCCAGGACGGGGACGACAGCCCAGCAGGAACAGGAAUCGUUAUCAAAGAGGAGCCAGACUCAGAGGACUGGCAGCUGAGCGGAGACUCCACUCUGAACGCUAGUGACCUGAGCAACCUUCGUGUGCCCAUAGGUGACGAGGACAUGGACAUGCCCGGGGAGGGCAAGAGGCUGAGGAGGGUGGCCUGCACCUGUCCCAACUGUAAGGACUCCGCAGGGAGGGGCUCGGGCGUUGGGAAGAAGAAGCAGCACAUCUGCCACAUCCCAGGCUGUGGAAAAGUCUACGGCAAAACAUCUCACCUGAGGGCCCACCUGCGCUGGCACAGCGGGGAGCGACCUUUCGUCUGCAACUGGAUGUUUUGUGGAAAGAGAUUCACCCGGAGUGACGAGUUGCAGAGACACCGGAGGACUCACACAGGAGAGAAGAAGUUUGUGUGCCCCGAGUGCUCAAAGCGGUUCAUGCGCAGCGACCACCUGGCCAAGCACAUAAAGACUCACCAGAAUAAGAAGGGCGUGGUGGCCUCGUCGCCGCCUUCGGACACGCUGAUCGCCGCGGAUGGGACCACCCUCAUCCUGCAGGCUCAUGACCUGGUCGGGGGGCAGGACAUCCCUCUGCAGCUGGUCACCGUGGCACCAGGAGAGGUCAUGGAGUGA